GGCGCUGCCAUGUUGGCGGAAGCAGUGCCUUCUGAGCUGUGCAAAGUAUCUGUGGCUGCGGCUGCGAUACCAGUGUGAGCAUUUUCUACGUCUUUUGCCUCGCUUCUGUCUUGACUCUGAGAAGCGGCGACCGGCGGUAUGGAAAAAAGUAGGAUGAACCUGCCGAAAGGACCUGACACGCUUUGCUUCGACAAAGACGAGUUCAUGAAGGAAGUCUUCGAUGUUGAUCAUUUUGUAUCUGAUUGUAGGAAGCGUGUACAGCUGGAGGAACUGAGAGAUGACCUAGAACUCUACUACAAGCUUCUUAAAACAGCUAUGGUUGAACUGAUCAAUAAAGACUAUGCAGAUUUUGUAAACCUUUCAACAAACUUGGUUGGCAUGGACAAAGCCAUCAGUCAGCUUUCUGUGCCCUUAGGACAGUUACGAGAAGAGGUUCUGAGCCUUAGAUCAUCUGUCAGUGAAGGAAUUCAAGCAGUGGAUGAACAGAUGUCUAAACAAGAAGACAUUAGGAAAAAAAAGAUGAGUGUGUUGAGGCUUAUACAAGUUAUUCGAUCUGUUGAAAAAAUUGAAAAAAUCUUAAAUUCUCAAAGUUCUAAAGAAAUAUCUACACUAGAAGAAAACAGCCCACUUUUAACUGGACAAAUUUUGGAAAGAAUUGCCACAGAAUUUAACCAGUUGCAGUUUCAUGCUGUUCAAAGCAAAGGCAUGCCUCUUUUGGACAAAGUAAGACCACGUAUAGCUGGCAUUACAGCUAUGUUACAACAGUCACUGGAAAGUCUUCUCUUACAAGGUCUUCAGACUUCUAAUGUUGAUAUAAUACGGCACUGCUUGCGGACUUAUGCCACGAUUGAUAAAACACGGGAUGCAGAGGCAUUAGUUGGUCAAAUACUAGUGAAACCAUACAUAGAUGAGGUGAUUGGAGAGCAGAUUGUUGAGUCUCAUCCAGAUGGCCUUCAGAUCAUGUAUGAAAAACUCCUUGAAUUUCUUCCUCACCAUUGCUGCCUACUUCAAGAAGUCACAGGAGGAGCCAUCUCAAGUGAAAAAUGCAAUACGGUCCCUGGGUAUGAUUUUUUGGUGAAUUCUGUCUGGCCAGAAAUAGUAAGAGGAUUAGAAGAAAAAUUGCCAUCACUUUUUAACCCUGGAAAUCCUGAUGUAUUUCAUGAGAAAUAUACCAUAAGUAUGAAUUUUGUAAGAACAUUUGAACGACAAUGUGGAUCACAGGCCAGUGUGAAAAGGUUAAGAUCACAUCCUGCCUAUCACAGCUUCAAUAAUAAAUGGAACUUGCCUGUUUAUUUUCAAAUAAGGUUUAGAGAAAUAGCAGGAUCCUUAGAAGCUGCACUUACUGAUGCACUGGAAGAUGCUCCAGCUGGAAGUUUGUUUUGCCUUUUGGCUUCUCAUAGAACAUGGAGCAGUAUGCAGAGGUGUUGGUCAGAUGAGAUGUUCCUGCCUUUGCUGGUACAUCGUCUGUGGAGACUCACACUACAGAUUUUGGCACGAUACUCUGUGUUUGUCAAUGAGCUUUUACUCAGGCCUAUCUCUAAUGAAACUACCAAGGAGACUAAAAAGUCUUUGGUUACUGUUAGCAAAGAUCUUUCUAUUUCCCAAGGAAGUAGUGAAGACCAAGGGAGUUGUCCUUCUGAAACAAAGGCUAUAGUUUACAUUUCCAGCACUCAACUUGUAUAUGUUGUCGCAGACCUGGACAAGCUUCAGGAUCAGCUUCCAGAACUCUUGGAAAUAGUCAAACCAAAACUGGAAAUAAUUGGAUUUAAGAAUUUCUCUUCUAUAUCAGCAGCCCUGCAAGACUCCCAGAUGUCUUUGUCAGCUUGUAUUCCUUUCUUGAGUGAAAGGAUCAUCAAAAACUUAAGUGAAUCUUGCUUCAGUUGCCUGAAAAGUGCCUUGGAGGUUCCCAGGCUUUACCGAAGAACCAAUAAGGAGGUACCAACUGUAGCUUCUUCAUAUGUGGACUGUGCACUAAAGCCAUUUUACUGGCUUCAGAGUGGACAGAAGGAUAAGCUAAAACAAGCAAUAGUUCAACAGUGGUUAGAAGGUGCUCUUUCUGAAAGUACUCACAGGUACUACGAAACUGUGUCAGAUGUUCUAAACUCUGUGAAGAAAAUGGAAGAAAGCCUGAAAAGGCUGAAGCAAGCUAGGAAAAACACUUCUGCCAAUACUGUUGGUUCCAGUGGCAGUGGCAUGAGUGAUGAUGACAAAAUCAGGCUGCAGUUGGCCUUAGAUGUUGAGUACUUAGGAGCACAGAUACAAAAGAUGGGGCUGCAAACAAAGGACAUAAGAAGCUUUCCAGCCCUGAGAGAACUUGUUGUUGCUGCCAGGAACCAGGCAACAGCAGAACAACCUUAAGCAUCUUGGAAGGAGCUCCAGGAGAAAGAAAAGUUGGACCUAGAAUAUGCAGGGAAGAAAGUGGGUCUGUUCUUACCAAACCUCUGUAAAAAAACAAGUGCUUCCACUGUAUCUUCAGCAACAUGCCAAUGCAGGUUCUCAACAUAUUUGGGUCUCCUUUUACCCAAAAAAGGGAUACAAACUUUUUUCCGUUUUAUGGAAGAUUGUUUUCUAAGAGAUUUGAAACUUUCUACUAUAGUUUAAAGAACAAAUUAUUUUAUUUUUAUUGUAAAUCUUGGUGAGGAAGAACUGAUUUCUAAAACGUGGUUAAAGUAAAUAUAUAUGUAUAAAUAUAAAUAGUUUUCUCCCUGAUCCUACAAUUAAAAGCAACUGACUGCAGUGCAGUGACCAUAUGGUAUGGAAAGACCCUUCUGUGAGAUGACGAUUACUGCACAUUUAUAGACUUUUAGAAAAGGUUAUAAAUGGUGGUGGUUUUCAUUUCUCUCACUAGGUAUUGAGGAACAGUGAUCACACUUAUCACCCAGACCUCUCUCAGGAGCUAGAGCCAGUAGGGAAGAAUGAUUACCUAAAUAAAUGUCUGCCAGAAACA